AUGCGCAAGUGGCUAGCCCAGAUCAGGCGCGAUAACAGGCCAAGCGCGAAGCGCGAGCGGUCUCAUUUCAUCAAAAGUUGAUCAGUGCUCACUCAUCUCACCAGCAGGGAACCCCAAGCGGGUCGAGGCCCCCACAGCAAAUGUGGGCGGUCAACGAUUCCAGGUUGGAAAUUCGCGCAAUGGGCAGAAAAAGCCUUGCAGCGCCUGCGACAAGCUUCUUGGUCCUGCCGGAGACCCAACUGGCGUUAUUUUGUUUUCCGUCCUUCCCGUCGCUGUUCUGCGGAUCUCUUUUCCUUCCCUCUCCAACCUCACUCGACACUGUCCCUCACACGCGCCACGUCUUGUGUUGUUCACUCUUCAUCUCAACACUUCAUACUCAAAAUCCCAAUCAUAUUCGGCCACAAACCCGUCUUCGCGACUCGGCAUAAUCGUCUUCUCUGCCCUCCCGCCUAAUUUACAAAGUCAAAUCAGCUUUCGGCUUUUGU